AUGAGUUUAAUUGAUGCCAUCGAUCAACAAAAUGAAGCGGAAGUUUUGAAAAUUUUAGAAGAACAUCCGGUAAGUCCAUAUCAGUUAUCAAAAAAAAAUUAUAAAUUUAUUUUUCAACAAUUAUCAGGGAGAAGUUUCAAUACGAGAUGAUGAAGGAAAUACAUAUUUGAAUUAUGCAGCCGAAAAAAGUAGUUUGGAAAUUUUCAAAAAAUUGUACGAACUUGAUACAACAGUUCUAGAUGAUCCAAAUAAAAAAGGGUAUGAACAAAUUACAUUUGAAAUAAUUUUAAAUUUAAAAAUUUAUAGAGUGACUCCAUUGAUAAACUCGAUUAUGUCAGGAAAUUUGAAUAUUUCCAAAUUUUUGGCAGAAAAUGGUGCAAAUGUUCAUCAACUUGAUAAUGACGGACAUAAUUUGAUACAUUGGGCAACUGUUUGUGGACAAAUUGAAUCUUUAAAAUGGGCGAUUGAUAAAAAAGUUGAUAUUAAUUUGAAGGAUUAUACGGUUAGUAUACCACAACAUGUCAGUCCAAUGAAAGUUGGCAAUCGGUGAGAGUGAAGAAUACUUAGAGAAAAAUUGUGAGACUGAAAAUCCAUAAUUUUUUAAAUUUCGUUUGGCGAGCAUAUUUUGUUUCGAAAAAAUUGUUAUUCGCUUGGCAAAAUGAAAAAAAACCAAGCCUCAAAAAUCCUAGACUCGCAAAUUCAACUCGCUGUAGAUCACGCGCGAUUUCAAUAUCUUUUCGUCUCGUUCACUCUCAUGAUGAGAGAGUCUCAUCGAUUGUUUUUUGACAUGUUGUAUCCAUAUGUUUAAUCUAAUUUCCGAAAUAAAUAAUACUUUUUAGCAAGAAGGAUGUGCAGUUCAUUAUGCUACAGUAAUGGAUGAUAUUUCUCCAGAAGUUUCACAAGCAAUUCUUCUUAUUUUAUUAAGACAUGGUGCAAUGCCAAAUUCAAAAGAUGUUGAUAAUCGAACUCCAAUUUUAUGGUGUGCAAGUAAUGGAAAUGUGGAUGCUAUUGAAGUUCUAGCAAGUUCAGGAGGUGAUCUUCUUAUAAAAGAUCGAGAUAGUCUUGGUGUUUUACAUUGUGCUGCUUCACAUGGAUAUCAUGAGAUAAUUGAUGUUGUAAUGAAUCGAAUUCCAAGAACAAUGGUAGAUGAUCAAGAUUCUGCUGGACAUACAGCUCUUGUUUAUGCAGUUACCUAUGGACAUUAUGAAUCUGCAUUGAAAUUAUUACAAUAUGGCGCUGAUCCAAAUCAUCAAGAUCAAAGAUUACGAACUGCGGCACACAGUGCAGCUGCAAAAGGACAAAUGAGAAUGUUGAAAUUAUUGAGACAAUAUAAUGCUUCAUUUGAUAUUCAAAAUUAUCGAGGUGAUAUGCCUUUUCAUGAAGCUGUUCAAUCAGGAAGUAAAGAUGUUGUUGAAUGGUUGCUUGCGAUGGAUUCAAGUGUUUUGGAUGCACCAAAUCAUAAUGGUCGAACUGGUUUACAUUUAGCUGCCGCCGCUGGAAAUCUUGAACUUGUCAUUUUACUAUGCAGCAAGAAAUGUUUUGUUGAUCCUUUGAUUAGUAUCGAGGUAAGUACCUAUAUUUUCAAAGUUGUUUUUUUUCUAUAAUUUUAAUUUCAGAAAAACGUGUAUACCCCUCUUGAUUUGGCCAAGGAACAAAAUCAUGAACUUGUUGUUGAUUAUCUCACAAAAAUGUUUUCGGCGAAAUCUAGCGCUGAAUUCUCACCGGAAUAUAUUCAAAAAUGGAAAGUGUCUUUUGAAGAAAUGGUAGCGAAAGGUAGAUAAUUCAAAAAAAAAAUGAAAUUUUAUAAAUUAACACUUUAUUUUCAGCAAAAUUAGAGAGAGAUCAGAGAAUCAAGGAAGCUAAAAAUAAACCAAGACGACCUUCGACAUCAAAUGGAAUUAUUGAAAAAGUUGAGAAGAAAAAAGAAGAUGUUGGUGUCAAUACAUCAGUAAGUCAAUUGUAUCAUCUGAAAAAUAUAGGGACUACUGUAGAUUUUUAAAUUACUUACCUUGUCUUUUCUUGCGUCCAUAAUAUCCAUAAUAUCUCAUAUUUCUUCGACUGAAACCAAGUCGACCAUAAAAGCGACUGAAACUAUCAUCCAAUUCAGCGCAAGCGAAAAUGAAAAUGCACAAAAUUAAGAAUCUGAAUUAUACGAUAUUACUGUGAUAUUUUAAAACUGAAAACUCACAGAUUGAGAAAAAUCAUUGUCGAAAAAUGGAUAAUUGAGAGAAAAAAUACGAAAACAAGAAAUUAGUAAAGGAAGUUUGGGCGGAACUUUUACUAGCAAAAAAGAUUGAAUGACAAAAACAAGAAAAAAACUGCAAAUUUUGCAGAAUCGAACAAGUCGAUCAGCUGGAGUAUCAAAAUCAACAUCUGUUACAAAUCUUGAACCAGAAGAAACAAUGCAAAAAGUUCAAAUUGAAACAAUUCAAAGUGCUCCAUCUCCACAAGAAAGUGACGAAGAAUCAGAUGGAGAAAAAGAUCCAAAUUUGGACAUUGAAGAAGAAUUUGAGAAUUUGCCACCACUUUCAGAUGAUAGUCCAUUAUUAUCAGCUGCUACUUCAAUUGAUGAAAGUGAUCCAGAAUAUUUGGAUGAAAAAAUGAGGGAAAAAUUGGAUAUUCCGGUUGCUAAAACAAGUAUUAGUAAAUCAAAGAAAAAGAAAAAAGAAGUUCGAAUUGUGCCAGAUUCGACUGAUCAUUUGACGGAAAAUAAAAAAGAAGGUGAGGCCUGAAAUUGUGUGAACUUGACUUGAUUAAAAAAAAAAUAUUUUUAAGAACCAAACAUCAUCUGGAAAAGUAGUAAUGAGAGUUCGACGAGAACCUGAAAUUGGAAAUGAUGGAGGAGAUGUUGAUAUUUAUGAAGAAACUGAAGACGACCCGAAUUUAUCAUCAAAAUCACCGGCUUUGGCAACAAGUAAAUAUAUUCAUGAAAGAGCCAUUUUCCAAGAAUUGACUCAUUUGAAACGAAUGCAAAUACAGUAUGGAAAAGUGAGUAAAUUUUUGGGGAACUUCAGGGUUUUCAAAAAAUUCGGACCUUUUUCUAGAGUUCCAGAGAAUUUUUUGCAGUUAUAAUAUUUCAAGAGUGCUCUCUCAUUUAAAAUUAACUUGUCUAUUCCCUAACAAGAUUUAUGUGGCCAGCCCUAAUUUAAAAAAUUCCCUACCAACUUCAUUCGAAUUGCUUUUAACUCAAAUAUUUAGGUUCAGGAACGAAUACUUGUUCGAUCGCUUGUCUCCAACUUUUGUAAAAUGCACAAUUUGGACGUGAAAAAUUUCAAAUUCCAAACUUUCUACGCCUGGGAAAAGUUUUUAUAUGACGCGUUAUCAGAACAACUAAAAAUAAUAUAUUUGGAAGAAAGAGAAAGAUUGGCCGAAACUAAUAUGGAUUCGAAAUAUGGGGCCAAUGUGAAACUGAGCAAAUUUGGUGAGCAAUAUAUUUCAGCUCAUUCGGAAAUUUAAAAAAAUUCAGAUAGUCGAGUUCGUCAAAGUCUUCCAAAUAAUGAUAAAAUUCGUGAUAUGCAACGUAUUUAUUCGAAUUCAACAAUUAGCACAAAAUCUUCAACAUAUCGUAAAAAACUUCAUAAAAAUCAGCAACAACAAAAUCAACCAGAUUCUUCAAAAAGAUGUGAUUGUUUUCAGCGUCAUAUUUUAUUAUGA